AGGGGUUCUGUGAGAAUAUGUGAGAAAAAUGGGGUUACUCGCACUAGUGAUAUUUGCAGGGGUCGUCCUGCCCUCGCUCAGUGAAGAGAUCCAGUCAUCCCCUGAGGUCCUCAUACCUCAGGUGAGCCCCAACCACCCUAAAGGUCGUCCAUGUGAGAAACACUCCCUCUACUAUGUCUACACGGCCCUGUCAAAGCCCAUUGAGGUUCCUGGCAUCUUUGAGUUCACUGGCAUGGGCAUGCUGGAUGGACGCAAGAUCGACUACUACAACAGCAAAGAGAAGAUUAAGAAGCCUGAACAGCAGUGGAUGAAAGAGAAGCUUCCUGCAGACUACUGGGAGAAGGGCACCCAAUCACGCAAGAGCAAGGAGCAGUGGUUCAAAGUCAAUGUCAACAUUCUGAUGGAACGCAAGAGGCAGAAUGAGUCUGAUGUGCAUAUACUGAACUGGAGACAUGGCUGUGAGGUGGAGAGGAAAGAGGAUGGAACUUUAGAGUUUAUCAAAGGUGUUGACGAGUACAGCUAUGACGGUGUUGACUUCCUGUCCUUCGAUGACUCCACCAUGCAGUGGGUGGCACCGGUGCCUGAGGCCGAACAGACGAAAAGAAAGUGGGAUGGGGUGCCCAUCCUCAACCAGUACACCAAGGGCUACCUGGAGAAGGAGUGCGUGGAGUGGCUGGACAAAUUCAUGACAUAUGGUGACAAAGAACUGCAAGAAUAGCCACCAGAUGUUUAUCUGUUUGCUCAGGCAAGUAAGGAAGACACAAAUGACCUCAGUAUGACCUGCUUUGCAACGGGGUUCCUUCCAAGAGACAUUGAGAUGUACAUCAUGAGAGGUUCAAUCAUUGUGGCUGAAUCUACACCGGCCAUCGUUUUCCCAAAUGGUGAUGGAACACACCAGGCAAGGCUGAAUGUGAAAGUCCCAAGAUCAGAAAGAAAGGACUACAACUGUUAUGUGCGUCACAGAACCCUAAAGAAUCCAGUUGUGUUGUACUGGAAUGGUAGGUACCUCAUCUGCUUGCAAGGUUGA